CGCUGGCGGGGCGCCGCGCGAAGGCGCGCGGGGCUGAGCUCCGCUCCGCGCUGCCCCGCCGCGCUGCAGCCCGGUCCCGGCGGGGCGGCCGGCGGCGUGUGCGGCAGCGCCUGCCAGCCCCUGCCAGCCCCUGCCAGCUCCGGGAUGAUGUCGGCCAGCGGCCGAGCGGUGCUGCUGCCGGUGCCGCUGCUGCUGCUGCUGCUGCUGCUCGGUGCGCCGGGGGUCGCGCGGGCGGCGGGGGAAGCCUCGUGCCGCCCGGUGCGCGCCGCCUUCCAGGUGCUGCAGCCCGGAGCCAAGUGGGUGCCCGAGAGCCCCGUGUCAGGAUCAGAUCUGCAAGUAUGUAUCCCAAAGGGCUCCACGUGCUGCUCAAGGAAGAUGGAAGAGAAGUACCAGGCAGCGGCCCGUCUGAACAUGGAGCAGCUCCUGCAGUCUGCCAGCAUGGAGCUGAAAUUCCUUGUCAUCCAGAAUGCUGCCAUCUUCCAGGUCCCUGGACUGAAGCGGAUCAGGUUGCACCUGGAGGCAGAGAGCAGUGAGCACUUCAUCUGGGGUCCGCAUGCAAGCCAGUCUGCACCACUGAGCGUGAGGACAGGAUUAACAGAUGCCACGUGCAGAAUGCAAGCCUUUGAAAUUGUAGUACGGCAUGCGAGAAACUUCACCAACAGCAUGUUUAGGAACCACUACCAGAGCAUGGGGACCAGAGCUCUUAAGUUUGUUGGAGAACUUUUUACUGAUGUCUCACUGUACAUACUGGGCUCUGACAUCAGUGUCAAUGACAUGAUAAAUGAAUUUUUUGACAGUUUAUUCCCUUUGGUCUACUCUCAUUUGAUUAAUCCUGGCUUCCCUGAUCCCUCCGUAGAAAUGACUGAAUGCCUGCGGGCAGCCAGGAGAGACCUCAAAGCCUUUGGUAACUACCCUAAGAUGAUGAUGACGCAGGUGUCCAAGUCACUGCAAACCACGCGAGUCUUUUUACAGGCACUCAACCUGGGGAUCGAGGUUAUAAACACUACUGACCACCUGAAAUUCAGCAAGGACUGUGGACGAGCGCUGCUAAAGAUGUGGUACUGCUCGCACUGCCAGGGGCUCCUCAUGGCCAAGCCCUGUGUUGGAUACUGUGGUGCGGUGAUGCACGGAUGCCUGGCGGGUGUCGUAGAGAUUGACCACCACUGGCGAGAGUACAUCAGCUCUCUGGAGGGGCUGACCAAAGGCAUGCACGGCAUCUAUGACAUGGAGCAUGUCCUCCUGAACCUCUUCUCCCUGGUGCGGGACGCAGUCGUCUACGUGCAGAAGAAUGAAGGAAAACUCUCAACAACUAUUAGCCGGUUGUGUGGCCACGCUCAGCAGAGGCAGUAUCGAUCAGCUAAUUACCCUGAAGACCUCUUUAUUGACAAGAAAGUCCUGAAGGUGACUCACAUAGAGCCAGAGGAAACUCUGUCGAGCAGGAGGAGGGAACUCAUUAUGAAGCUGAAGUCUCACAGCAAUUUUUACAGCAGCUUGCCAGAAUACAUCUGCACCCACAGCUCCACUGUUCAGAACGACACUCUUUGCUGGAACGGACAAGAAGUCGUGGAGAGAUACAGCCCCCAAAUCACAAGGAACGGAGCAAAAGCUCACCCUGGCAACCACGAGGUGAAGAUGAAAAGUCCUGAGCCAGUGAUCAGCCAGAUUAUUGACAAGCUGAAGCACAUCAACCAGCUGCUCAAAGGGAUGGCUCUGCCCCGCCAAAAAGCCACGGGCAAAACCACGGAGGAGGAGGAGGAGAGCGGAGACUGCGAUGAUGAAGAUGACUGCAGCAGAGGCUCUGGGGACGGAGAGCUGCGAGUGAGGAACCAGCUCCGGUUCUUAGCAGAGCUGGCAUACGACCUGGACAUCGAUGACACCUCUGCCAACAAGCAGCUGCUGAAUCAGCAAAGCAAAGACGGUGCCGUGGUUCCCAGCAGUGACCCCGGCAGCGCAUCCCCGCGCCCUGGCCCUGCUGUUGCUGUUGCCCUGGCCCUGCUGCUGCUGGGCUGCUGGCCCUGAGCGAUGCCAGCAGUGGCACUUGGUGCCUUUCCGUCCGUGUUUUUUCAGUGAGGAAAACAUUCUGAACCUCUCCUGGAAUAUAUACGCAUUGCCAAAGACAGGGCAAAUGACUUGAGUCACUUUUAUAAAAUAAUAUGGUAUCUUCACACACCCCCCUCCCCUUUCUCCCCCCCAAAAAAAACGUUUGUUCAUGGUAAACUAGUAAAUACAUAACAGUGCUUUUUAAAGAUAAUCCUGUUUAAUAUAAGAAGGUUGAUAUUAAAUUGUUCCUAGCAGUUUUUGAAGACUGAGGUCUGCCUUGCUGUUAAAUUGAAGAGCAUAUUUCAUCUUGAGUUGUUUGAAUGUGCAUGGGGUAAAGAAUACUUACGAUUUAUGAAAUACUCUCAGCAAAUAUCAGGCCCCUGUUCCCAGUUGACUUAAUACAGAUUUUUUUUCUGUAGUUCAAUAA